GUCCGCCGGAGAAGGAGCCAUCAGCUGAAGCGCAGCGUUCGUGCUCGGUCGCGUCAGUCCCGUUUCUUUUUCACCAUGUGACGGUGUGUCGCGCUUUUUCGUGAGGAUGCGGUUGCGUCUUACCCGUGGAUUCCGUGAUUCUCCGGCGCCGAGACGCGAAUCAUGACGCACCCGAACCAGCAGACGAACGGCGCCACUUUGGAGGACUGCCACACCAAUUUCUUCGCCUUGACGGACCUCUGCGGGAUCAAAUUCGUGAAGCUCCUGUCGCCCGAGAACGUGUGUCGCCUGCCCGUGGAGCCCGCGGAAGACCCGGUGCUCAAAUCGUAUGCAAAGUGUUUGGCCAGUGAUAUCCUGUGCGUGUGGCGACGGACGCCGUCCAGUGUCCACCGGCACCCCCCGCAGCACCACGGGUACCCGUUCAUGAACGACCAUGGAUUCAUGGGAGGGUACGGUAUGCCCCCGCAUCAUCAUCUGCCCCCCCACAUGGGGGGUCCUCAGCCCCCCACGCCGCUCCUGCAGCAUCGGAAGGAGCUCUGGAUCUUCUGGUACGGGGACGAGCCCGAUCUGGGGGAGUUCGUCUGCCAGGAGCUGCUAGAUUCAGAGAGGGAAAAGGGGUCGUGGGAGCAAGGCCUGUCCUACGAGUGCCGCUCCUUGCUCUUCAAGGCGCUGCAUAAUCUCAUCGAGAAGUGA